CCCCGCCGGCAGCGGGUGCGGGUUCCGGUUCCGGUUCCGGGCGGAAGUAGCGCCGGCAUGGCGGCGGGAGGCGGAGAGAGCGGCUUCCUCAGGUUUAUGUUUUCGUUGGCCUAUCCAGUGUUGAUCAUAAGCACUGGUUUAUCAUUCUUCCUGGUCGCUAUUUUGCUGUACAUACGACUCUGGACCUGUCCACAGAAGAGAAUAUCACAAAAUGCAGGAAAAAGUGCCAAGAAGUCUUUGGUGGUGGCGUUCUUUCACCCGUAUUGCAAUGCCGGGGGUGGAGGGGAACGGGUGUUGUGGUGUGCUGUGCGAGCACUGCAGGAAAGAUACGCUGAUAUUAAAAUAGUCAUUUACACUGGAGAUCAGGACGUCACAGAUGAAGACAUACUAGACACAGCUUACAGGCGAUUCAACAUCAAACUACGCCAGCCUGUUCAGUUUGUUUUCCUGGAGAAACGCUACCUUGUGGAGGCGAAGCUUUAUCCCUACUUCACUCUGCUCGGCCAGAGUCUGGGAUCUGUGCUGCUGGGGUGGGAGGCCCUCAUGAAGUGCACUCCUGACAUCUUCAUCGACUCCAUGGGCUAUGCCUACGUGCUGCCUCUCUUCAAGUACUUGGGUGGCUGCCGUGUGGGGUGCUACAUCCACUACCCCACCAUUAGCACAGACAUGCUGUCUAUGGUGAAGGACAGGAAUCUGAGGUUUAACAAUGCAGCGUUUAUAUCAAACAAUCCCAUACUGAGCGACCUCAAACUUGUCUACUACCACAUCUUCGCCUGGCUGUAUGGAUUGGUCGGGUCUUGCAGCGACAUUAUAAUGGUGAAUUCCACAUGGACUCUGAAUCAUAUUCUUUCUCUUUGGAAGGCAGGUGACCGUACUCACGUUGUCUGCCCACCUUGUGAUGUUCAGGCGUUUCUGGACAUUCCCCUGGAAGACAACAGUAAAAGGGCCGAGCAUUCCAUCGUUUCGAUCGGGCAGUUUCGGCCAGAGAAGGACCACGCUCUACAAAUUACAGCCUUCCAUCGCUUCCUGCGGGACUGCGCUCACAAGUGUGCUGUGAAGCUGGUCCUGAUCGGAGGCUGCCGUAACGCUGAGGACGAAGAGCGAGUAUCUAGCCUGAAGAAACUCUGCGAGAAUCUGGGAGUGCAAGAGAAUGUUGAGUUUAAAAUUAAUAUUCCAUUUGCAGAACUUAAAAAACAUCUCUCUGAAGCUACAAUUGGGCUGCACACCAUGUGGAAUGAACAUUUUGGUAUAGGUGUGGUGGAAUGCAUGGCUGCAGGAACGGUUAUUCUGGCCCACAAUUCUGGAGGCCCCAAGCUUGACAUUGUGGUGCCUUUUGAGGGGGGUGAGACGGGAUUCCUGGCAGACAGCGAAGAAAGUUACGCUGACGCUAUAAAUACCAUCCUGGCACUGCCACCGGAGCAGCGGAUGGAGAUCCGACGGAAUGCACGCAAGUCUGUCAGCAGAUUCUCCGAACAUCAGUUCGAGAUGGCAUUUAUAUCUGCUCUGGACUACCUCAUUAGCCCAGGAUAAUAAUUAUUAAACGUGUUUAACGACUCCUGGGAAAGAUUGAUUAUUAAAUAAUAUAUGUAAGUAAUGACUCUCUCCCCAGUCUCCACCCUGGGAGACGGGAGGAGAAACAUUCCAGAGUAUUGCCGUUGUUUGUAUAUAUUUGAAAAGGUUUACGUUAUCUGUGUAAAAGAUAAAUCUUUCCUGAAUUUUGCAGUAAAUAUUGCAUAAGGGAAAAUA